GACUCAGUUUGAUUCUCAGCUUCGUUUAUGACGGUUGUUUGCCGAAAAAACGCUCGCGUUAUUUGUUGUUGCGCAUAGUGGGUGUUUAUGUUAAAGAAUUUUUGCACUAAUAAAGCAACAACAAAAGCGCAGCACCUGCCGGAAUAGGCCGCUGAAAAAUUCAAUACAAAACGUACAUAUGCGUGACGCGUGAAUUUGUGCCUUAGUGUAAGUGUGUGUGCAAAUUGAUAGAUUCGAUUAUUAAUGCAAAUUAGCAACGAAAGCAAAGUGCAAGCGUAAUAAGCUUACUUCCAACUACGUAUAACCAAUACUACUGCAGACCAAUUGCUGCUCCAAUUGUGCGGCGCUCGUAACGCGUAGGUGUCUCAAUUUUUUGCAUAGCAAUGACAACCACAACGCAGACGGAGACGGAGAUCAACACGAAUGGCGGCGCUGUCGCUGGCGCUGACUUGGCAGAGAGCAACAACAACAACGGCAUGGACAUUGUUGCCACAAGUUCCAGCAAGAAUGGCAAUGUUGCGGGCGUGGCAAGCACACAAAGAGCUGUGGAUGCCACCAAACGCAAGAAGCUAAAAUCACGCAACGCUGCGCAGGCUACAGCAGCAGCAGCAACAACAACGACUGCAACAUUGCCUAGCAAUAAAAACAAAAGCAGCAGCAGCAACAACGGCAACAGCAAUCGUGAGCAAUAUUCCAAGGAUCAUUUGGAUGCAUGGCUAGAAAGUUGUCUGCGUGAUGCAAACAGCGCACAGCUCUCCAGCUCUUCAGAAUUUUUGGACUUUCAACCCACAACAGCAGCAGCAAACAAGCAGCAAGCGCUGUUUGUAACAGCAGCAGCAGCAGCGGCGCAACAGCAACAACAGCAGCAGCAGCAGCAACAACAACAGCAGCAGCAGUUACUUAUGCGUUCCAAUUCGCAGCCUUAUAGCAUGAGCGCUGGCACGCCCUUUAGCUUGGGCAUACAACGCCAGCACCCACAACAGCCCUUGAGCUAUCGCUAUCCGAUGCUAUUUCCACCGCAAAGCAAUAACUAUGGCCUAAACUUUGGCAUGAGCGCGCCUGCUGAUGGCACUCAGGACUUUGCCAGUCUGCCGCCCAUCGUUAAUAUGCUGGCUGGCAACUAUGGCGCCAGCUCGGAGCAGAACUCAACGGAUGUGCUGGAUGGCAGCGGCAGCAAUGUGAACAUGAGUCGCGGCUUUCGCUUUAGCGAUCCUUGCCUGCUAAAUCCAUCGGAUAACGACUCCAAGCUGAGUGGACAACAAACGCCACAAAGUCGCAAUGGCAAUGGCACGAGCAAUGUGAAUGGCAGCGGUAAUGAAACGGAGCAGCAAAACAAAUUCUUUGCCGCUUUGAUGGAACAGAUUAAUUUGCUGCAUGAAACCAACUCCAAAAUAUGUCGCAAUUUGCAUGAAACCAAAGUUGAUAUUGAAGCUUUGAAGCACGCACCCAAUGCUGGCCAGCUCUGGGCUGGUGGCGGUGGCAUGCGGCACCGUAGAGAUAGCUUGAGCGGAUUAAGCACACAAAGUCAACCAAUGGUAUUUGGCGGCGCCUAUGGCGCUGGCACACACAGUCCGGCGCCCACUUUUCAUUCAGGCGCCUAUACGCCGGGCAUGAUGACGGAUGUGGUGCGUGAGGUGAAGGAAGCAGCGCGCGUGCGUGAAGAUGCGCUGCUUAAUCGCGUCAAAUCCAUGGUGGAGGAGCGUCAGUGGUCCAUGAGUGAAGGCAAUGUGCGCAUACUACGUGACAUAGAUGAGCUUAAAUCCAAUGUUAUGCAGCUGCGCUUGGAGCGCAAGGAUACAAACAAGCGGCUGUCGCAUUUGGAAGCGGAAAACAAAUAUCUGCGCCAGGCUUUGGCUAGCCUAUAUAAUCAACGUCAGGCCUAUGAUAUUAUAUAUGAAAAUGAACGCGCUCGUCAUGCGCGCAAGGCGCCUUUGCCUUUUCCCAAUGGCAGCGGCGCACCGCGACGUUCGCAGUCCUUUAAUUUACACUACGGCACAGUACAUCAGGCGCCAGCGCCGCAAUCGCUGGAUGAGGAUGAUGAGCUGGAGCUGCAGCAGGUGGAGAACGAUGAGCUCGCCUUGGGUAGCAAACGUCAUUCCAGCAGCAGCAACGAAUCUCGCACCAAUGGUUUGCCUCAGCCUGCCACAACGCUGCAGCAGCUGCAACAACAGACGCCGCCGCCUGCAUUUGCUUUAUUAACAGAGCAGCUGACUGCAGUUUCGACGCCAACGUCAACGCCGCCGCCGCUGCUGCCGCGCAAGAAAGAGAACGCACAGCUUAAGCGCGAGCUCAGCGAAGCAAACAGCGCACGUAAGGAGGCAAAUCAGCGUAUUAUAGCACUCGAAAAAUUGGUUAAAGACCUAAGCAGCCAAGUGUCUACUAAUCAACAGCAGCAACAGCAGCAGCAGCAACAGUCCAACUGGAGCGACAGCACAACAGCAGCGGCAGCAAAUCCCAAGCUCAGCGUUGCCGGUGGAUUCAUUACGGAUUUAUAGUUCUAGCUAAAAGGCUGCGGCCCAGCCCCAGCCGUAAACAGCUCCAAGUGCCAAAAGCAGGCAAACGCUGUGCGCGUUACACAUUUAUAGCGAACAAAGCAGUCGCAGCGGCGACAUUUGCACACAUUUUGUUUCAAAAUUAUUUAUCAUUCAUUAACGUUUGCAUAAAAGCCAAAUUAACAAAGUCUAAUUGCGCCCAAAACUGUCAUCAAGUGCGCACAAGCAAAAAAAAAACACUUUUGUUACUAAAUAUACUUUCAACAUUUUGACAAAAAUACAUUGACAUUGUAACUAAUUACGUAAAUCAUGUACCUCUAACCAAAUGAACAAAUCAAAUCAAAAGGAUAUAUAAGCAUUGUAACUCUUACAAUUUUUGUUGUGCAGUGUAUUUAAAAUGUAAGCACUACAUUGUAUUAUACAUAAAAACAU